UUUGCCGAUAUUUGCUACGGCGUAGGAUAUCCGGGAAAAGCCUUCGUUAUUCUUAACUUAUCUCAGCCAGCGCGUUGAUAUUAUUAGGUGAAUUUCUUGUGCCUUCUUCAACUGAAUUUUUGAAAUAUGCCGCAACAUUUUUGUUUACUACGUCAUAAGGAGCACAUAGCAAUACACACAGUAUGUUGGAAUACGGCUCGUUUUACGUGAACCCUGUAUGGCAUUACGGCGCGGUGGAUGCGCAGGAUAAGGAUGGAUCAUUCCGUCAUGGUUUCAUCGUUGAUAUGGACCCUGCGGAAGGCUUUAUCAUUGAUUUCGGAUAUCCCGGCCACCAUGCUGAGCUAAUCCCGUUUUCCCGAUGUUUUGGGAAGAUUCCUCAGUAUCUCUUCGCCUCUGGGGAUGCUGUACAGGUUUUGUGGCGGAGCUCCGACAACGAGGCACUUUGUUGGUAUCCGGCCAAAGUAAUCGCGGGAUCGUAUUACACCUUCGCUUUUGUCGAGACCGAACGGCACGGCAAAAGCGUAAGGGAAGUGGUGAGAAAGCAUUGCAUUAUGCCUUUAGGAGAACGACCAGCUUUGACGCGAAAGAAUUAUAAACGGCACCGUUUGCCUUUAAAUUGGAUAAUUCUAAUUCUUGCCAAGGCGCGAAGUCAACAAGAUUUUCAGUGGUGGAAUCGUCAGCAUGGACACCGGAGCGACACCAUACUCGUAAAGGUUGAGAGAGGAAAACUGAUCUUCAUUGCCCACAGCAGUAGUGCUGUUACUAGUAGCGAAUUUGUUACGUAUACUACUAAAGACUCCCGAUGGCCGAGGUCUUGGAGUCUGACCGAAGUAUUUCGGAUAAUGGCUAACCGGGUUACGUUCUGCGAAUUGUCGAUUUGGAGGAGAGCUGGAAGUAAACGACGUGGGCGGCGUCUUUCUUCCAAAUCCGGCGUGGCUUCCAAAUUCAGACCACGGUACCGCUAUCGGCCAUGUCCAAACAAUUAUUUACCUGUCGAAAUCUUUCGUCGAAUAUUUUCCUUUCUGGAAUUUCGAGAACAAGUGAAGUGCUGCUCAGUGUGCAAAUUCUGGCAUACUAUUUUGACAACGUGCUCGCGACUGGAAUUUGAUCUGCAGACAUACGGGCAUGACGACCUGGCUUUAGCUUUCGAUAAGAAUAUCAGUGAGUUUACUAGAAAAAUCAUUUUAUCAGGCAAUAUAUUCAUCGUUAAUUGCAAGCCAAAUGCCUGGUAUUAUUCCCGCCUCUUCAAUCCCGUCGCUAUUCUAACUGGUCUACUGAAAGCAAAAAGCAUUAAACUGCAAACAAUCACUAUUUCGGAUUGGCACGUUUGGGCACCGGACGUUCUGAGCUGGUCCCGAUCACUGACUCUGCAGUUUCGUUCGGAUUGGAAAGACUUAUGUGACAAAUUAGUCCUGGAUAAUGUAUACAUGAACGGACUCGUGUAUGUGGAUGCGGAAUCGUGUGGCUGCAACGGGAAAGCUUUUGUGGGACCUUAUAAUAACAGGUUUCGAUAUAUGGAUUUCGAUACCAUGGUUUAUUCUAGAUCAGUUCGCGUUAUGGGCAGUUCGCCCAUCGAACGCAUGGGCAAGUACAUCAUCAAUACUAAUCAAAACGAACAAAUGCAAAGUGCAAGGACAAUAUUGGAAGAUAAUUGUCUGCCGAUGAGAGACGAAGUCCUCCGAAUGCUGGAAAGCCGACUAGACAAGCAAUCUGUCCCGAAGAAAGUCUUGUUGCAGUUGUUGAGGCAAUGGCAAGCAGGAGAUUCACGUUUUACCGACAACAUGGACGAUCCCUUGGCCUAUGUACCGCUGCAAUCCUUGCGGAAGUUAACUUUGUUCGCAUUGCGCUGGUACCUGGACAGCAACACUUCUGAAAAAGCUCUUUGUCAUCAGCUGUGAGGAAAGGCACGGAAAAUUGAGGAUAUCGUACGAUGCGGCAUUUAUGCCAAAGAUUGCUUAAUUAUGAAGCUUUUCUUUGCGUGGCUAUUUGAUACUUACUGAUAUAGCUGCUAUUUGAUGUAGCUGCUUUUAUUUCCGGAGACGUAAUAGGUCUGCUCAUAAGAAAUUAAUACUAUUUCGUUGCAGUCAUGUAAACAUU